AUUGCAUUUGACAAAAAAGGAGGGCUGGAAGUCUGGAACUGGUCAAGUAUAUUUUGAGUCUUUUGUCGAGAUUCCAAUAACUUUGAGGGAAGCAGACAUUUUCUCUGUAGGGGGCGUCGCUUUUGGAGUGUGGAAUUAUUAAUAUUAAUACUAAUAUUAAUAUUAGUAUUAUUAUCUGAUGAUGGAACCAGUUUUGCUUGCGCGCUAUGUGUGUUUGUCUUGUCUGCUACUCUCUUCCUAAUGAGGUCGGAAGGUCAGUCAAGAUUCCAUCGAGGCAGGUGAUCUCCCAUCUACCCAAGUAACUCAACCCCUUCACUCUACACAGCUCAUCUCUUCUCUUUGUCAAGAACAUAUUUUUUUAGCUGGGUUUAUCGCUGGAAGUGGUAAAGCAAGGAUUUUUACCUCUCAUCUUUGGUGGGUUCUGUCGAUUCUUGAUGGGUUUCCAGUUCUUUGGCUGAUUUACUGCUCUUUUUGGACGAAAGCUGAAGAAUAGCUGGAAAAAUUUGAGAUUUGAGAUGAAGAGGAAUAAGGCUGCGGCUUUGAGGGGAUAUUAUGUUAUCUUAGUCUGGUGUUAGGGUUUUGUGAAAGAUGGGAAUGGAGUGUUGGGAUGAUGUGGGGAAAUGUAAGGAAAGGAAGGAUAAAGUGGUUGAGGACACUGGUUGCUGGAUUAAACUCAGGUUUAUUGGUAGUUGUAUCUCUUCAAGAUCUAAAGUUGAUAACUCCAUUAGUAGAAUCAGCGCUCGCUGUGAAAGUAAAUCGACAAAUGAUACGAGCAUAGGACAGGCGAUAGCUCCUGUUAUAUCAUCAACUACUACAAGUAAUGCAGAAAGCAGUUCUUCAACUUCCAAACUUGAAGAAGAACUUAAAGUCUCUUCUUUGCUUCGCAAGUUUUCAUUUAACGAUUUGAAGUUAGCCACGAGAAAUUUCAGACCAGAAUCUCUUCUUGGAGAAGGGGGUUUCGGAUGUGUUUUCAAGGGUUGGAUUGAAGAGAAUGGAACCGGACCAGUUAAACCGGGGACGGGACUUACUGUUGCUGUGAAAACUCUGAAUCAUGAUGGGCUUCAGGGUCACAAAGAGUGGCUGGCAGAAGUGAGUUUUCUUGGUGACCUAAUUCAUCCUAAUUUAGUGAAACUGAUUGGUUAUUGCAUUGAAGAUGAUCAGAGGCUUCUAGUUUAUGAAUUCAUGCCUCGUGGAAGCCUUGAGAACCACCUCUUUAGGAGGUCUCUACCACUUCCAUGGUCUAUCAGGAUGAAGAUUGCUCUUGGUGCUGCUAAAGGUCUUGCAUUCCUUCAUGAGGAAGCACAACGUCCCGUCAUAUAUAGGGAUUUUAAAACAUCCAACAUCUUGUUAGAUUCUGAUUACAACGCCAAGCUUUCGGAUUUUGGACUUGCCAAAGAUGGACCGGAGGGCGAUAAGACACACGUCUCUACUCGUGUCAUGGGGACAUAUGGUUAUGCUGCUCCUGAAUAUGUAAUGACAGGACAUUUAACAUCAAAGAGUGAUGUCUACAGCUUUGGUGUGGUGCUUCUUGAGAUGAUUACUGGCAGAAGAUCAAUGGACAAGAACCGUCCCAACGGGGAGCACAACCUGGUUGAAUGGGCACGGCCCCACAUUGGUGAUCGGCGGAGAUUCUAUAGGUUGGUAGACCCUAGGCUCGAAGGGCACUUUUCCAUAAAAGGUGCACAGAAAACUGCACAGUUGGCAGCCCAGUGUCUAAGUCGGGACCCGAAAUCCCGACCCAUGAUGAGUGAAGUUGUGGAAUUAUUAAAGCCUUUGCCAAACCUAAAUGACAUGGCUAGCUCCUCCUAUUAUUUCCAGACCAUGCAAAUUGACAGGGCCGUGUCCAGCCCGAAUGCAAAAAGUGGGCACAGAACUCAGGCCCACCACCUGUUUGCAAAGCCAAGGAGCCUUUCUAUACCAAAUGGAUCUCAUGCUUCUCCUUUUCAUCAUCACCAGUUUCUGCAUAAUUCACCAAAACCUCAUGGCAAAGUGUAGGAUUGGUUUGAAUGUUUGGUUUUCUUCAAUUCUUUUUAUCCAUAUUAAGAAGAUGCAUUUUGUUUGCCAGGAUGGCAAAUGAAGAAAAUCAGUUUUUAUAUAUAAAAGAGCUGCUUGGACUGUGAGAACUCUCCAUGGAAAUGAAUGUAAUGUAAGAAUGGGAAAAUUUCAUGUGAUGGGGGUAAAUAUUUUGCAGUUUAAUCAGUUAAUGUGUCAG